AUGAGGAAGCGAGAGAAGAGGUCGAAAGCCUCGAAGAAGUCCAGAAAGGACAAGAAGAAGGGAUCGAGCAAGAAGAAGCAUGAGAAACAUGCGAAAGCCAAAAAGUCCAAGAAGGACAAAAAGAAGAAAGACAAGAAGUCAGAGGACGAGCCCCUUUGGAAAAAGGAGCCUGAAAAGAGAUGGCAAAGCUGGAAGUGGGGAAGCCAGAGUUCCGGCUCAGACUGGAAGAAGAAGUCCGAUGAUGACGGCUCUUGGAAGGCUGAUGACUGGAAGAGCCAGCGAGGAUGGAACAGCGGUGGAGGCUGGAAACAGUCCAAUUGGAAUUGGAAAAGGGGGUACGGAGCUCCGAAAGGACAAACCCCAAAGGUCAAGGCUCGCCCGAGCACCAAAGAUGAUGAUAUGGAAGCUGACUGGGACUACUGGUCCAUUGCCAUCGAAAAUUGCAAAAAUGAUGUGCACAGAGUUGCUAGCCCAGCGGAAGCAAGGGAUGCUGGCGCAGCCAUCGUGCUGGAUGAUGCCUACGACAAUGAUGUGUACGAACGCAUCUUGGGGGAGCUGGAAACGGCGCACCAGGAUACUGUGCCUGGGUCGUUGCUUAAGAAGUUGAGUGAGGCAUUGGUCAAGAGCCAGCGAGCAUGGCCUGACAUUGAAAACAGCUUCCUCAUGGAAGGAGGCGGAUGGUCAGCGCUGGUGGUGCCAGUGUUUGAUGGGCAGGGACAGACAGGAAAGCCCUUGACCUCUGAGUUCCACAGGGACGUGCCGGAACAGGAUGCCUAUCCGUACAGCUUCGCUCAUGGCACGUCCUUUGGCUCGCUGCCAUACAUCAUGGCGGAAGGAAUGAUCCGACCUCAGAAUUGGUCGGUGCUCCCGUCGCUCGGCUUCUUUGGGAUUGCCUGCGUGGGCUGGCUUGAGAACGACAAAGACUCGGAGGUGCUCAAGCAACUAUUGAACAACGCUCUUUCCAUCGGAAAGGGGCAACAAGAUGCACUCGUGUUAGGACAAGUGCGGGCGAUUGACAAACACGUCGUACUGAGUGCUGGAGGCGACCAAAGGUUGCAAGUGUCCUCGCGAAAAGCUGGACUCUCCCGAGGAACAGACGCAUGGUGUAUUCGCACCGAUGUUGCCCACAUCGCGGGUGUCGCGAUCACUUUCCCCUCCUGA